GUCGUGACGUCACGUCGGCACUUCUGGAUUUCUACAGAAUCUGGUCAAGGGGGGAUAUAAUUUUGUAUCGUAAAAAUUCUUAUGAUUUAUGCUAAAUCUAGAGCUCAUUCACGUCUGUGGAGAAUUAUUAGUCUUAAUAAAUUAACGUAAGCUCACAAUUCUUGUCAGAAGUCCCGUAAUAAGGGAGGAUAACGUUAUAGAAAGGCCAAAGGCUCGGACGACGAUCGUCGGUUAUUGCCGUCGCCAUUGGUAAAGAUUCUGCUAAUAUUUCGCCUGUAAGAUAGUUAAUGGUAGAGAUGCAACUGUAAGGUUGUGGUGGUGGUGCUGGAGGUGGGUUGUGGUGAAAUCAUGGGAUUGUGUUUGUGUGGCGCUUGGUGCCAGUGACCAGGGACAUGCCGAGCAUCCAUGAGACUAUUGAGUCUGAUGAGAGCUUCUCUUCUCUCUCUGAUGCCAACCAGGAAGAAGACAAAAACCAUGACCCGCAGCCAAGCCACAGCACUGCCCCACACUCGCCAGAAGUGAAGAAGCCCAAGAGCCACCACACACAGGAACAAGAUAAGGCAGGACACCGUAAGGGAGCUCCUCGGGGCUCCCCUGCAGACCCUCAGCAGGUCCGGGAGCCUCGAGCUCUGGUUGAGUACUCUGACGUCAGUUCAGAAGCAUUCUCGGAGCCAGAGGCAGGUGAGAUCACUGAUAGUCCUAGCCAUAGCCCUGUCUUGAGUCCUCGAUUAAAUAGACAGCGGCAUCGUUCAGCAUCUCGCUCAAGACUCAGUCCUCGCCCUAGUCCAGCAUCGUACAGUGCAAAUCUUAGUAGGAGUCCUUCUUACGUCCCACGCACACCACCUCCAAGGCCCCCUCGAGAGCCUCUUCACAGUGACGGAGAAGUUGAAGCAUCUCCUACAACUUCACACCACACUCCACACAGUGCCCGCCCUCUUGUACCUUAUCCAGUGGUCAUGUCCCCUGAUCGCCGGUCCUUAGAAACGAGAGGAGAAUACUAUCGCUCUAGGGAACCAUACCACCAUUCACGCACUCCCUCUGAAUCAGAGAGAGAUCAUUCUCGAUCCCGAAAAAAAGAACACAAAAAAGACAAAAAAAGAAAAGAUAAAAAAAGAAAAAGAUCUGAGAGGUCACACAGUCCAGUGAUACAUAAGAAAAAGAAAAAGAAAAGUAAGCACAAAUCUCGAAGUGGUAGUCCAGAAUUUGAUGAUAAUGGAGGGGUUGCGGAUGGCAGUGUAGUACCUAGUUCGGAUGACGAUAUUUCUGAAGCAAUUGUUAUUAAAAGUGUUCCACGAAUUAUCCCUAGUCAUGAUCCAAGAUCAUCAGGUGCACCAUCUAGGGUAAGAAAUCGUGGUGAGGAACCCAGUCCUCUUAGUUCCAAUGAAGGAGAAAUUAUAGUUAGUCCUCAGCCUCUUCCUGAAACAAAUCAUGCCCGUGGAAAUGAGCUGCGGAGAACGCCGCCACCCCACUCGUCACAUCACAGAUCACGCGAAAGAACACCCACACACAGAUCACCACCCAGGUCACCCCACACACCUAGCCCACCCCGCCAUCGGGGUACAAGACAUAUGACUCCCCCACCACCUCAGCCACCUUCGGCCAGUAAGAACUAUGAGCGAUCCAGCCGGGCACACCACAUAAGCCCACGUAGGCCAUCCACGCCUCCACUGCCAAGUCAGAGACGUGGAAAUAUGACACCACCAUCUAGAAAUUCACCUAGACGGUCAGCUUCACAUCGUGCCCACACCCCUCCUCCUCUGUACAGUAGAAAGAGGUCUCGUUCUCGAAGUCCUAUUCAGUACAUUGAGAUAAGGGGUAACUCAGAAACUCCACCUCAUACUAGUAGUAGGUAUUAUGCUACAGCAUCAACUUCACGUAAAGAAGAAAAGAAGAAGAAGAAAAAGGAGAGAGAGAGAGAGUAUCAUUCACAUGGUCGUAGGAGCAGGAGCAGAAGUCGGAGUGGUAGUAGAAGUCGCAGCAGGAGUAGGGGGCAAUCACCAAGACGAAAGCGCAGGAGUGGAAGCCGCAGCCCUAGUCGUAAACGAGGUGAGCGUGUCCACAGACGAUCUCCUACUCGUGCCCGUCAUCCGUCACCUCGCCGUGCUCCUGCAUCUGGUGGCUUAGCACAUGACAACAAUAUGAGCUCAACAAGCUUAUUUGCAGAGCUUGUUAAGAGUAGAAAAAACAGAGAACGCAUCUUGGCUCUGAUGACUAAGGAGGGGGAAAAGACAGAGAAAGGUAAAGAAAAUGUGGAGCCUGAAGGAGGUGGAUCUGCCUCAGGUCCAGAUACCCCAGGUCCUACCCCUGCACCAUCUGCAAUUCCUAAUGGAGCAGCCAAAGUUGAAAAUAAUGUGACAGUGGCAGCAGCAGCAGCAGCAGUAGUAGUGGCGGCAGCAGCAGCAACAGCAGCAGUUGCAGUGCCAUCUACAGCAGUAAUGUCAGCAGCACCUACAGCAUUGAUAGCAGUGCCUGUAGCAGUGACAACAACAACACCUUCUGCAAUGACAGCAGCAGCACUAACAACAACAACAAUAACAACCACAACCAGCACAACCACAUCACUGUUAACAGCAACAUCAUCAGUAUCAACUGAUCAAGAAGAAACGUCCAAUCAUUCUUAUCAGUCAGAUCAGCCAAUAAUUAGUACCCAUCAAACUUCUGACACUGGAAAAAUUGACUUCAGGAAAGUUUCAGUACCAACUAGUCUCACAAAACUACCAAUGCCACCAGGUAUUAAUCUGGAAGACAUUGAUUCUCCUACGUCUCCAAGUACACCCCCAGAACCAAAGCCUACAAGAAAAAGUAUUAUCACAGAUCUUCCUAUGCCACCAAUGAUUGCAGGUACAGAAGAACUUUCACCAGAUGAGGAUGCCCUGAGUACUCCACCCCUCUCCAGGUUGGCUCCUCCUAAACAAAGACCUACUGCAAUGAGACCCAAAAUUUUAAAUGCCAAACGGCAAGACCGCACAUCUCUUGAGGACUGGAGUGAACGCUGUGUUGAAGUGUUUGAUAUUAUUGCACAAAUUGGAGAGGGAACUUAUGGGCAGGUGUAUAAAGCAAGAGCUAAAGAUAAGAAAAAUGAUGAAAUGGUUGCUUUAAAGAAAGUUCGCUUAGAAAAUGAGAAAGAAGGUUUUCCAAUCACAGCAGUGCGGGAAAUUAAAAUCUUGAAGCAGCUUCACCACAAAAACAUUGUCAACCUCAAGGAAAUUGUGACAGACAAGCAGGAUGCUGUUGACUUUCGACAUGAUAAGGGUUCAUUCUAUCUGGUGUUUGAAUACAUGGACCAUGACCUGAUGGGGCUACUGGAGUCGGGCAUGGUGGAGUUCUCCGAGCAGCACAAUGCUUCUAUCAUGAGACAGCUUCUCAAUGGCCUUAAUUACUGCCAUAAAAAGAACUUCCUUCACAGAGAUAUUAAAUGUAGUAAUAUUCUUAUGAAUAACAAAGGCCAAAUCAAGCUGGGUGAUUUUGGUUUAGCUAGAUUAUUUAGUUCAAAUAAAGAGCGCCCAUACACAAACAAGGUCAUCACGUUGUGGUAUCGUCCUCCUGAGCUGUUACUAGGAGAAGAGCGAUAUGGGCCUGCCAUUGAUGUGUGGUCAUGUGGAUGUAUUCUUGGAGAACUAUUUCAGAAGCGGCCACUUUUUCAGGCCAGUACUGAAGCCAUGCAGUUAGAUGUAAUAUCUCGAGUAUGUGGGACACCGACACCUGCUGACUGGCCAGACAUUGUAAAAUUACCUGGCUGGGGAACAAUGAAGCCCAAGAAGACAUACCGUAGGAGAAUAAUGGAAGACUUCAAAGACAAAAUGCCCCAGCCUGCCUUAGACCUUCUUGAUCAGAUGCUGAAGCUAGAUCCAUCCAAACGUAUUAGUGCAGAGAAUGCACUUAAUAGCACUUGGCUGAAGAAUGUUGAUCCUGACCUAAUGGAACCACCACCAUUACCUAAGUAUCAAGAUUGUCAUGAAUUAUGGAGUAAGAGGAGGAGACGCCAACUCAAGGAACAGCAAGAAGCAGCCAUUGGUGUUAUAGGCCCUCAGGGUCCCUCAGGAAAACCAGUGGGACCUAUAGGUGUUCCACAAGUUUUUGCAGGUCCCCACAAGGAUCAGCGUCCAAUGUAUAGAGGUGGGCCUGAUGAAGGAAGUCUUGAUGGACGACGCCAUGAGAGUAACAGUGCAGAGGGCUACAUGAGUAACAGCCUGCCAGCUUCUCGCAGUAAUUCACCAAGACCCUCUUCAUUACAUUAUCGUGGGCCAGGCUCCCAUACACCACCAGGAGCAGCAGGUGGAGACAGCCUCACUCCGCCCCAGGUCACUCAUCGGUACAAUACUCCACCUGUAGCUCAGGAUGAAUCGCAUACGAUUUACCGCCCACUUUACCAUCUAGCACAUCUGAUAAACACUCGACAGACAGUAGUGUUCGGUCAGCUAUCUGCGUUAAUGAAUGAACAGAUGGACUUGGGUAUACGGCGGCUACUGGAGCGAUUAAAUGCUGCUGUUCUUUUGGCUGCUACAGCACGAGAGCGACGAAUGCGUGGCGAUUCAGGAGUUGUUGAUGUUAGUGAAUUAACAGUAGAGCCUAAUGAGCCCAUUAUUACACCAUCAGCAUUGUAUGGUGAAGGUGAUGCAGGACUGUUAUCAGAAGGAGUUAGAGAAGCUUUAUCACAGCUGUUUGAUUUCUUCAAUCUUCAUGUAACUGGGUUAGCUCCAGGACCUGUCCAAUCAACCAGAGGUCAGAUGAUUCCUCAUAGUGAACAUGCCCACCGUUAUAACAACACUGGCCGAGUUACAUGACCACCACCUUCAACACCAUAGGUUGGCAAUUGUAGAAUGGAGUAUGGUGUGGGGUGCUCAGGUGUUCCUGCAGUCUGCCUUGUUCCUUAAAUACCCCACCCUAACCCAGAUGUGUUGUGCCACUACUGUCAACACCACUCAUAGCCUCAACGAGUGGUAGACUGUCUUCUGGAAUAGUGGCGUUCAAGCUGCUACCCUCUUUGGGCAUUCAGGAAGUAUGAUUGUGAAUUGUUUUAACAGUGAAUGAUUAAUAGCUAUUGCAGCAUUGUUCCAACUUCAAAAAAAAAAAAAAUAUAUACAUAGACAGCAGGUUAGUGGGUGGAUGACAUGGACCUCUUUUUUCCUGUAUUACCAGGAGUUAAUCGUCAAACAUUCCAUGAAACCUCCAUGUUUGAUAUUUACUACAAAUAGAAUGGCCAUAUGAGUGAGCUUAAGCUGUGUGUUGACCUUAGUGUCUUGAGGACAUGACUGCUGUCCUGGAACAAAUGGUCUGAUGUCUGACUCCCAGUUGUCAGGCUGUUCAAUCUGUGAUGUGUAUUAUAAUUGUAAAUCUAAAUUAUGCAUCUCUACUGCAGUUUUGGGUAAUCACUAUAUUACCAAACUCUGCAGGUUGUUACAAGAAGUUCUGUAGAAUUACUGAAAUAAAAUUUUGUCUAUAGUCCAAGGUGUACCAUUGGUUUGUAAUGGUAACUUUUAUAUAAAUAAAUAAAAGAUAAUUUA